UUUUGAAAUCACUAACAGGCACAAACGUUUCCCUUGCAGCCCUGCCCGGCCCGUGAGUAACAUGAACGAGGCCAUGGUGACCCACGUGUCCUCUGGAGCUCCCACACCCACCAAGAGUGUCCUGGAGAGCCCGGGCCGGCUGGACGAGGAGCACCGGCUGAUCGCCAGGUACGCCGCGCGACUCGCCGCCGAGGCCGCCAGCGCCCUGUCUGGGAGCAGUGCAGAGAGUGACUGUGCCCUCCUUUUGCCUCCCCUCUGUCGUUCCCACAGGGAGAUCCUGCAGGAGAUCCAGCGGCUCAGGCUGGAGCACGAGCAGGCCUCUCAGCCCACCCCCGAGAAGGCCCAGCAGAACCCGACCCUGCUGGCUGAGCUCAGGCUGCUACGGCAGAGGAAGGAUGAGCUGGAGCAGAGGAUGUCAGCGCUUCAGGAGAGCAGAAGAGAACUGAUGGUGCAGCUGGAAGGGCUGAUGAAGCUGCUCAAAGAAGAAGAGCAAAAGCAGGCAUACCCAAUCUCAGGCUGUCCCUGGGUUUGCUGAGGCACCUGGCAGAAGUCAUUUGGC